GACGUUUACAAAAUAAUUUUUGACGUAAACAUGGUGGAUGAGGUAACGAGAAAAACUCUAAGUAAUAUUCCGUUACUUAAAAUAAAGGCAGGGCCCAGAGAUAAGGAGUUAUGGGUUGAAAGAUUGAAGGAAGAAUACCAAACCCUUAUAAAGUAUGUUUCUGCAAAUAAAGCAGCUGAUAAUGAUUGGUUUAGGCUUGAAUCGAACAAAGAAGGCACAAAAUGGUUCGGUAAAUGCUGGGUCAUCCAUGAAUUGCUCAAAUAUGAGUUUGAUGUAGAGUUCGAUAUUGCUGUAACAUACCCAAUGACAGCCCCUGAAAUAGCACUGCCUGGUUUGGACGGAAAAACAGCUAAAAUGUACAGAGGCGGUAAAAUUUGCCUCAGUGAUCAUUUUAAGCCUUUAUGGGCAAGAAAUGUGCCCAAGUUUGGAAUUGGUCACGCCAUGGCUUUAGGGUUGGGACCUUGGUUGGCAGUUGAAAUACCAGAUUUAAUAGCAAAAGGAGUUAUUUCAUAUAAAGAAAAAGUUGCUGAGUAAAAGUUUGGUUAAGUUUAUUUUAUAGAAUUUUUUAUAUUUCCUUUUAAUUUUAUUUAAAUAAUAUAUAUUUUUAACUCA